AUGCCAGCAUACAAUCGCCAUAUAGGCCUGGCGUGGUGGCGACACCGUCUGGUACUCGUUUGGGCAGUCGUCAAGCUGCUUUGAACGGUGUUUAUCUGCACUCGGAUAGCAGACCUCCAGUGGAUGUCGAACGUCUUCGGGUCGUGUGUAACGGCGCUGGAGGACAUUCGGCGGCCAAGAUGGAAGUUGGCGGGAUUGGAAUUAGCAUCAAUGGCAAAGUGAAAAAUGAGACCAAAGAAAUUGCCAAUUCCAACUUCAACGCCAACCUGAAUGGACAUCAGCCGAACGGCUAUUCGUACGACGGUCUUAUGCAUUCUGCCGUCGCUAAAAGUGGCGGUGAGUUGAGAGCACAAGAAUUCCAGCCGUCCGGACUCAUGGCCUUCGGUAACUACGCCACUUACAAUAGCCAUUCGGCUGAGACCGGACAGGAUCCCUUGUCUCUUUCCAAUCUCGACCUGCUGGGCUCUGGCUUGGCUUCAGGCCUGUCGGAUCCGGCUCUUCGAGACGUCCUGCGUCUGUCGCCGGUUUUGACCGGUGGAAUUCAGGGCCCCAGGAGCGAGUUCGGCAAGCGCGGAAUCGAGUCCAGCCUCCCGAUGCCAGUCUCUUUGGGUUAUUCUGUUUCGGAUCAGACGAAUGGGCCCUCAUUCUGUUCACAUCUGCCCGGCCUGUCUCAAGCUUCAACAGAACUGCAAUCUCUAGCGCUGGCUCAAGCCACGAGAUUGCUAUUUCCAACUGCGACUUCGGCGUUGGGGAUUGAAAAUAGACUCUUUUCCACUUCGAAAAUUGCAAAUUCGGAAGAAGUUGAGCAGGAUCAGGCACAAAUGCACACAAAAAGUCAAACGUUGACACCAGCCCAAAAAUCGGAAAUCGCGCUCAGUCUGCUGGCAGAGCUUUCUGCAAAACAGCAUCUGCAAUCACAAGCUAAUCUGAAUGGAUUAAUCUAUGCGACGAAUGGAGAUCAGGCUUCUUCAGUCUACUCCCGGGUCGGAUCAGAUUCCACUUUAGCCACCGGGAGUCGUCCUCAAGCCCCUUUCGGAACACAAACGCAGCAGGCUAUCACUGGUCUCCAGGGCAACUCUGUAACGGUUCAAAUGAGGCCUCCACCUCCAUCCCCACCCCCUUCGCCUUCUGCUCUACAUCCUUCGUUGCCUGCAGACUCUGUCCUUGCAUGGGCGAUGAUGGCCAACACGGCUUUGGUAGAUAGUAAGUUAGCAUAA